UGGGGCGGGGGCGGCGUCCGCCGGGCGCGAGAGCGGCGCGUCGGCCGGCGGCAGUGAGGGCGGCCGCGGGUGUGCAGGCGCCCGGCCUCCUGCGAGCGAGGAUGCCCCCGGCGGGAGUGGACGCCCCCGGCGAGUCUGGAAGCGCGUCUGCGGGUGUGGACGCCCCCGCUCCGGGCUUCUUGUUCGUUCGCCUAGUUUGCAGAAGAAUGGGCGGUAGGUGGUGAUGAGGAUGGGAGUUGAAAGCUGCCAGCAGUCAGUCAUCAGAAAUGAAGUCAGACUGUUGAUCGCAGUUGGUACUCACAUGGAGAUGUCAAGAACCAUGCAGAUGGCAUCAGACAGCUGAAGUCUGGCAACCUCUGAUGUCAAACAUCCAGUCGUCGGGGUUAAAUGAAUUCCUCUGCAGGGUCAUAGAGACUGGGGGAAAAGCCCUUCAGAGCCCGGGACACGAGAUUGAAAAUGACAGCUUGGAAUGUGCCUGAGGAAGGGCUGUCCUGUGACGUGGAGAUGGAGGCAUUCGGGAGAGAGGCUCCUCGUCUCUCCACUCCAGGGCCCAGCUGGGACUCUGAGAACCCAGAGGGACGUUUGAGGCGAUCAGCCUUAACUCAGGAGGAGCCAGGGGCCUGGGAGGCAGCUCCUGAACAUCCUGGGUUUGGGAAGCAUUUGAGCGUGAGCGCAGAUCUUCCACAACGUCAGAGAGUUCCUGCAACAAAUGGUUUCCGUGUACGUGGCUCAGAUGUUAAAAGUCUGGAUUGUGACCCAGCUUCACAUGCUGGUCAGAAAAGCUACGCAGCUAAGAGAGCGGGUGACAGGGACUCCUGUGGGAAAGCCUUCAGCCAUUCCAUAGAAGUGACUCAGUUUGGAAGAACUCAGACCCGAGAGAAGCCCUAUAGAUACGCUGACAGUGUUAAGUCUCUCAACCACUUUACCCCUCUUGGCCAACAGAAAAUCAUGACCCGAGGGAAGAAACUGUGUGAAGGUGAGGACUUUGGGGACCUUUUCACCCUGAGUCCGUCUCCUAGUGAAAGCAGGAGUGGCAGUCCUGGAGAGAAGUUGUAUAAAUGCGCCGAAUGCGGCAAGUGCUUCAAGCGGAACUCUUCUCUUGUCCUGCAUCACCGAACUCACACUGGGGAGAAGCCUUACGCCUGUGAUGAGUGUGGAAAGUCCUUCAGCAAGAACUACAACCUGAUCGUGCACCAAAGGAUCCAUACAGGAGAGAAGCCCUACAAGUGCAGCAGGUGCGGGAAGGCCUUCAGUGACGGGUCAGCUCUGACGCAGCACCAGAGAACCCACACCGGGGAGAGGCCUUACGAGUGUCCGGAAUGUGGGAAGACCUUCAACCGAAACUCGUCCCUGAUCCUCCAUCAGAGGACUCACACGGGGGAGAAGCCAUACCGAUGCAACGAGUGUGGGAAGCCUUUCACGGACAUCUCCCACCUCACCGUGCACCUCAGGAUCCACACUGGCGAGAAGCCCUACGAGUGCAGCAGAUGUGGGAAAGCCUUCCGAGACGGCUCAUACCUCACCCAGCACGAGAGGACUCACACGGGAGAGAAGCCCUUUGAGUGCACAGAGUGCGGGAAGGCCUUCAACCGCAACUCCCACCUCGCAGUGCAUCAGAAGAUCCACUCCGGGGAGAAGCCCUUCGAGUGCACAGAGUGCGGGAAGGCUUUCAUCGAGAGCGCGUACCUCAUCCGGCACCAGCGGACGCACACUGGCGAGAAGCCCUACGGCUGCGACCAGUGCCAGAAGCUGUUCAGGAACAUCGCUGGCCUCAUCCGGCACCAGCGGACGCACACUGGCGAGAAGCCCUACGAGUGUAGUCAGUGCGGCCGGGCCUUCAGGGACAGCUCCUGUCUGACCAAGCACAGGAGGAUCCACACCCGGGAGACGCCAUACCAGUGCCCAGAGUGCGGCAAGCCCUUCAGGCAGAACUCUCACCUGGCGGCGCACCGGAGGCUCCACAGCAGGGAGGGCCCCAGCCACUGUCCCCAGCGUGGGAAGACGUGCCGGAGGGGCUCCGCCCUCACCCGACACCAGCGCUCCCACCCCGGCCAGCAGCCCGUGGGCGCUGAGGGAACCUGGGCCACGCGCUCUCCCGACUGACUGGCUCUCAGACACCUUCGUGUGGGAGGAGGGCCUCCAGGCGGGGCUCCUCCCUGCAAGGGGAAAGCGCUUCUCCGAGCCCUGCAGCGAAUCGACAGACGUGAGAUGUUCCCUGGCCACACUGUUCAGUCUGCAGGCUCGGGAACUCCUGGAGAGAAUACAGGGUGGUGAUAGGCGUGGCCAAGGCGUCAUGGCUGACUCCCCCGUACCACGUGUGACAGCGCACCUGCGUGACAGUGCGCACACUGGAGUGAAGCCUGCGCUCCCCUGGAGAAGCCGCCUGCCCGAACGUUGGCAUCCCGGAACUGCAAGGCUCUUCUGUAAUCAGGGUGAGGGGUCCGUGACAGGGAGUGUUUGCCUCGCGGUCAGUAGGCAGACUCCUGCCAGAGCCCAGUGAGGGGGACUGUUGGCUGGAGCCCUCACAUGCUUUAUCUGUAUCAGCAAAAGCCUACACACCACUACACCCUGCGGCGACUGCAGAGUUAGGCAGAUUGCUGUUUGAAUGGAUUCCCACGCUACUGUCCUGCCAGGUGCUGGGGACUUGUUUCAGCAGGGGCAGCUGGGUGAGGAAGUUGCUUGUGAAUGAACAAUGAUGUUUCUUCUAAGAGGAGACUGAGCAGAUUCCUCCAAGAGGGAAGGGGCUGCUGCUCAGAAACGCGAGGCAUUGCUUUAGUUGUUGAGCCAAGCAGACAGAAAACACCGAGUUGGCGUGUUGGUGUUGUCACCCCUCAUGGUUCACUUGGGACGCUCCUGAUUUGUGCGGCCAUGCCGAACCAUGAUGGUAAAGGUUUUGUUGUCGUAUUGAAAAUGCUUAUAAUACGGCCAGCAGCUGAAAGCAUAAAAUCGACUUGCAUAGCUGCAGCCAUGUAAAGGCACACACACGUACAGGUGUAGGUUGGAAGUUGAUCACAGAGAAAUAAACGUCGUUUUUCUAAGGGA